AUGACUACAACAAGUUCAAUUCCAAGUGAUUAUCAAAAUGCAAAUCCAUUACUUUAUACAUUUCGUGAUGACAACACGGGAAUUCAACCGUUUUUUGUUAUUGCCGCACAGUUCUUAGUUUUUGAUUUUACAUUACGAUUUUGGGACAAAGCCGUUUAUGACACAUGGCAACUACCAAGUGAAUUAGUCGAAAUUGAAUACAUCAGACCAAAUCCGCCAAGACCUCCUACUCCAAUAAUUCAUCCAGAACCAUACGUAAACGAAGAACCUGACGAUAUUUCCUUUUAUAUUCUUUUACCAUUUAAAAAUCUUUUAACUACAAAAUCUAAUACAUCGGAUAGUAAAUUCAAAGUUAAAGUUAACAAAAAAGCCAAACUGAUGACAUUUGAUUUAUAUGAUUUGCUUUUCUCGGCUAUACCAUUAUUCGCUCAUACAGUUUGGUUUUGUAUUAUUCAAGGAAACUGUAUGUCUGGUGAAUUUGCGACCACAUGGCAUUGUUAUAAUAUAUUUGGUUAUCGAAUUUACAAUUAUUUAUUCACUCCAUUUACAAGUUUAGCUCAUACAUUUCUUACGAAAUUGUUUUUCUACGCUCGGAUAGGCAUCACUGUUGCUGGUGGUCAUGGAUCAGGCAAUGCUACCAAUCAACUCAAUGCUCCUAGAGGUCUUUUCAUCGAUGAGAAUCGAACUAUGUUUAUAGCUGACGAAAGCAACCAUCGUAUUGUUCAAUGGAAGUUGGGUGAUGAGAAUGGAAAAGUGGUGGCUGGCGGUAAUGGUAAAGGAAAACUAUUGAAUCAAUUCGAUUCUCCAUCUAGUGUAGUGAUUGAUAGUGUGACGAAUAGUCUCAUUAUUUGCGAUUCUAAGAAUCGACGAAUCAUACAAUGGUAUCAUCGUAAUGACACCAAACAAGGAAAAAUUUACAUUGACAAUAUUCGAUGUACGGAUAUGACCAUCGAUAAUGAUGGCGGUCUUUACAUUAUUGAUCUCGACAAACAUGAAGUUAGACGAUAUGAAAUGAAAGGUACUAUUGUAACUAGUGUGGCUGGUGGCCAUGGAGAAGGCUCUAGUCUUAAUCAGCUCCGCUUUCCUUCUUUCAUUUUUGUCGAUCAACAACAUAAUGUAUAUGUAGCAGACAAUGGUAAUCAUCGUGUUUUGAAGUGGAAUAAAGAUGCAACAGAAGGUAUCAUUGUGGCUGGGUACUAUGAUCGCGGAAAUGAUUUAGAACAACUUUAUAAUCCCAAUGGAUUGUUCGUUGAUACUAAUGGCACAUUGUAUGUAGCGGACGAUCUCAACCAUCGAGUGAUGCGUUGGUUUCCAGGAGCACAAGAAGGUGCUGUUGUUGUCGGUGGACUUGGUCCUGGAUCAACACCACGUCAGUUUAAUGGUCUAAAUGAUUUAGUCUUUGAUCAUCAUGGCCAACUUUAUGUUAUCGACCGUGGAAACGAUCGAAUACAAAAUUUUGUAAUUCGAUAG